ACAGGGGCCUUUUUUUUUUGGUACGGUCGUGAUGAAGGUCUACCGUACUUUUACCGUAUGCCCCGUUGUUAGGUUUAGAUUAACAGUGUUCUUGUACGGACGUUGAUUAACGAGAUUUGAAUAUUCUAGGGGAAUCUAUAGACUCACUUUUUUGCUUUGCUGGAUUGAGCGAGUGGAGCUAUGGCGAAGCUCCUGGGCCGUUUCCCGGUGGCGUUUGGGGAUUUCCAGCUCGCCAAGGGAUCUGGCGAUGGCGCGCUCCAGCCGCCGAUGGUGCGCGUGUUCUAUCCGAGCGCCGCACAGCGGCAAUCCAAGAAAUGCCGCUGGCUGCCCGGCGUCGCCUACGCGUUUGGAUACCUGUGCAAUAUGGCGCGGCCGAAGACGGCGAUGCGCAGGGCGAUGCUGUGGAUCUUUGCGGGUGUGUUUUAUGCAAUGCUCUGGCCUGGAGCAGUGAUCGCGGCCGCGGCAGCGCAGCCAAUUUUGGUAGAGGAUGGGGAGGAGAGAUUCCCAGUGGUGGUUUUUUCCCAUGGUUUGUGGGCUUGUAGAGCAACUUACAGCACGCUUUGCUCGGAUCUAGCGUCGUAUGGGUACAUCGUUGUGGCUCCGGAGCAUUUAGAUGGCUCCGCGAACAUUGCCAGUUACAUUGACAACAAGGGAUCGGAGAGAUGGAUUGAGCACAAGUACGCCAAUUCAAACUUGCACGAUCUGAAAAUGAAGGAUCGCGGCAUGCAACUCAAACAGAGAGUCAAGGAGAUUGAGCUCGUCCUUCAUGGGCUCGACGAGCUAAACAAUGGAAGUAUAAGCUCCAACUUAGUCACUGGAGACUAUAGCUUGGACGUUACCAUGUUCAAAGGGAGGAUGGACUUGGAUCGAAUAGCCAUUGCUGGACAUUCUUUUGGUGGAGCAACUGCGAUCAUAGCGCCUGGAGCUAUCACCACCCGUUUCAAGUGCUCGCUCGGGCUAGACGUCUGGUGGGAGCCCGUGGAAAAAGUAGACUAUGAGAAGGUCUCUGGACAUGUUCCCGUUCUCCUGCUUAACACUGAAAACUUCGAUUGGAAGGCCUUGAAAGAAGCUCGUCUUGUGUAUCUCAAUGCAAGAGCUGGGACGAAAACCAAGAACGGGCAAUCUCUUGAAACCAAGCUCUUGACGAUCAAGCACACCGAGCACCAGGAUCAAUCUGAUUUUCCAUUGUUUCUUACGAUGAUGUCCAAGAAACUCAAGUUGUCUGGAGAUCUCGACGUCCAGCUCGCGAAAGAUAUCAACAGUAGAGCUUGCCUUGCGUUCCUUCAAAAUCAUAUGCUUCCUUCUGGCAAAAGGUAUCCAUCGUCCUUCCAUCCUGUGGAAAGCGAUAACGAGUUCCUCGUGGGCGCAAGCAUUUAAAACAACUCCAAAGAAUAUUCUAUGAAUAAACUCAAGACGUGAAUAUUCGGGCAUAUUGAAUAUUCAUUAGAAUGGAGAUUUCUGUGAGAGCCCUUUCUGGAGAGCCAACAGCGACAAUGUACUAUAUUGGAUGUGGAUAUGAUCAAUGCAGUUGUCUUAAAGUUUGCAAUU